GUUAGAGAAGACUGGAAUAUGAAUUAAGAAGGCACAUGUUGAGUCUGGCUGGCAAAGGGGAUGAGGAAAACACGAGGCAUGAAGAGUUCCCAACCUGAAAGGCGCUCAUCUUUCUUGCUUCCGCGACAUCUCCUAUAAGGGAUCGAUUGCUGGAAGAUGGCGGGCAACAAUGGCGCGCAGGUGCCAAGGUUUGGCGACUGGAAGGCCACUGACGGUGGGCAAGGCCAAUUCACCAUGUAUUUUGAGAAUGCUAGGAAGCAGCGAAAGAGCCCCAGUGGCAUAGCUCCUCCACCUGAGGUGCUUCCAGCUCGCAUGGGCACCAUCCCAGCUGCUCAUAGAACCCCUCCUCGUGCCGCCGAUGUCAACCCCGGAAAUCCUAAGGAUCGCACCAACCGCUCGCGUAGCCAAGGCAUGGCACCGAGUGGGAAUGGCGGCACAGUGCCAACGUGGGGUCAGUGGAAUGAGGGCAACAGUGGUGGGGGCGCCCAGCAGUACACACUCGUCUUUGACCAGCUAAGGGACGAGAGGAAGAGUGCUCCUCCUACACCUAGCAUUGAGGAACUACAACGGCGUACUCCUCCUCGACCUACUCGUCACGAUCUCUAUGACCAUGAACCCAAGAAAUUCACAUGCUUUGGGAUGUGUUUGAAGUAAGGGGCUCAUGGCUACAAGAAUGGCAUUGCACGGCACAACGGUUACUAAAUUUCCUGUGUGUGGACUUCCUUGUUAUAAAUUUUCCAUAGAUGUAAGAUUUUUUUGGGGAGGGGUGGAUCAAGUUGUAUGUACAAAUUUACUGGUAGAUUUGACUGUAAAACUCAGUUUCAUAUUAUUGUAAUAAUUAAAGUAUGUAUUUAUGGUGUUUCAA